AAAAAAGGGUAGUAGUAGUAGGAUUAGGUAUUUCUUUCUGUUGGCGUUGUUGCAUAUAAUUGAGAAUUAGAUCAGCAUCCAUAUACCCUGUAUCUUUUUCUAUAGGCCAUUUCUUCAAAUCUGAUUACUAGUAGUUUUUUUCCCCCGUUUUAAUUACUACUGGUAGAAGUUAGACAUCCCUAAAUUCCGGCAAAAAAAUCACAUAUCACAACUGGAAGCUCCUCCACAUCCCCGGAUCCGGAUCUCUCUCAAGCUCAUCAACUCCGACGACGACGACAAGACACUAGUCAACAAGCUCCACCUCAAUCCCCUUACUCCUCCUCCUCCCUCCCCGCACAAAUAACUCUACUGCUAACUGGUACUUCAGUCAAAUUGGUGGACUUUUUCCCCUUUUUGUGAGCAAAUGGCUUCUGCUAAAUCGUCGUCGCGGUCAAGGCAACCACCAGCUAAAACCACCGCCCACCCCAAAGACUCCGCCAAUAAGCUCGAGGAUAAUCUUAACCUCUUCAAAUCCGAUAAUUUCGACGCCGAUUCCUAUGUUCAUUCCAAGUGUAAUUCUUUCAACGAGAAGGAAAUAAGGCAACUAUGCUCGUAUCUUCUAGAUCUGAAGAAAGCUUCAGCUGAAGAGAUGCGCAGAAGUGUCUAUGCCAAUUAUUCAGCUUUCAUUCGUACAUCUAAAGAAAUAUCAGAUUUGGAAGGUGAGCUUUCAUCAAUGAGGAACCUGCUAUCUACUCAGGCUACUUUAAUUCACAGUUUAGCUGAAGGAGUUCAGAUUGGUAGCUUGUCUGACUCUGCAGCUGAAGGUUUGGCUGCUAAUGGCUCAGUUAAUGAGGAAGUCACAGAGCCUUCAGAACUGGAGAAAAGGUUAAUCGAGUUUCCUGAUCUUCUUGAUGUGUUGUUAGCCGAAAGGAGAAUAGAUGAAGCAUUGGCAAGGCUUGAUGAAGGAGAACGCAUAGCAGCUGAAGCAAAAGAAUUGAGAACUCUGAGUCCUUCUGUGCUCUUGUCUCUUCAAACUGCUAUUGCUGAACGUAGAAAAAAACUAGCUGAUCAGCUUGCUGAAGCUGCUUGCCAACCUUCUACCCGUGGAGCUGAGCUUCGUGCUGCUGUUUUAGCUCUUAAAAAGCUUGGGGAUGGUCCCCGUGCGCAUAGUUUACUACUCAGUGCACAUUACCAGAGAUACCAGUACAACAUGCAAAGCCUCCGUCCAUCAAGCACGUCUUAUGGAGGAGCGUAUACAGCAGCCCUCUCGCAGCUGGUGUUUUCAGCCAUUGGUCAAGCAGCCAGUGAUUCUUUGGUUAUUUUUGGUAAGGAGCCAGCUUAUGCAUCUGAACUUGUGAUGUGGGCUACCAAGCAAAUUGAGACUUUUGCAUUUCUUGUGAAAAGACAUGCAUUAGCCUCAUCUGCUGCUGCUGGGGGUUUGAGGGCUGCUGCAGAAUGUGUUCAGAUAGCUUUGGGCCACUGUUCAUUGUUGGAAGGCCGGGGGCUUGCCCUUUGUCCUGUGCUGUUGAAGCUUUUUAGACCUAGUGUUGAGCAAUCUCUGGAUGCUAAUCUAAAACGGAUUGAAGAAAGUUCUGCUGCUUUGGCUGCAGCUGAUGAUUGGGAACUUGUUUAUCUUCCAGCAGUGACACGUCAAUCUGUCAGGCCAUCCGGUUCAGCUAUGGCAACUAUGGCAUCAUAUCAGUAUAAGUUAUCAACUAGCGCUCACCGGUUCAAUUUAAUGGUCCAGGACUUUUUUGAGGAUGUGGGACCCCUGCUAAGUAUGCAGCUUGGUGGUAAAGCAUUGGAAGGUCUAUUUCAGGUGUUUAAUUCUUACGUAAACAUGCUCAUAAAAGCAUUGCCUGGUUCCAUGGAAGAAGAAGCCAAUUUUGAAGGCUCAGUGAAUAAUAUUGUUCGAAUGGCUGAGACUGAAGCCCAGCAAAUGGCUUUGCUUGCAAAUGCAUCCUUACUAGCUGAUGAAUUGUUGCCUCGGGCAGCAAUGAAGCUUUCCCCACUGAACCAGGGCAAUUACAAAGAUGACCCUCGUAGAAGAAGUUCAGACAGGCAGAAUCGUCACCCUGAACAGAGGGAAUGGAAGAGGCGUCUUGUGAGCUGUGUUGAUCGAUUGAAAGAUAGUUUUUGUCGCCAGCAUGCUCUAGAUCUUAUUUUUACUGAGGAUGGUGAUAGCCAUCUUACUGCAGAUAUGUAUAUUAACAUGGACGGAGAUGUAGAUGAAAUAGAAUGGUUCCCUUCUGCAGUAUUUCAGGAACUUUAUGCAAAAUUAAACAGAAUGGCCAUCUUAGCGGCUGAUAUGUUUGUAGGCCGGGAAAGAUUUGCAACAUUGUUAUUGAUGAGGCUCACGGAAACUGUAAUCUUGUGGCUUUCAGAAGACCAGACCUUUUGGGAUGAUAUUCAAGAAGGACCUAGGCCUUUAGGUCCUCUUGGUCUGCAACAGUUCUAUCUGGAUAUGAAAUUUGUCAUGUGUUUUGCUUCUCAAGGGCGGUACCUGUCUAGGAAUUUGCUUCGAGUUCUUAAUGAGAUCAUAAAUAAGGCAAUGAUAGCAUUUUCUUCAACGGGAGUGGAUCCAAAUAGCGUUCUUCCGGAGGAUGAGUGGUUUGUUGACAUUUGCCAAGAAGCAAUAGAAAGGCUUAGUGGAAAACCAAAAGUUGCAAAUGGAGAACGGGAUCUCAACAGUCCAACUGCCUCCGUCUCAGCACAAUCAAUUUCAUCUGUCAGAUCUCAUGGGAGCUCUUAAAGAACCAAGAUUUAUCAAUUUGUAAAGGUAACAAUAGCAACUAUGGUUAGCCCUCGAGAGACUAUUGUACUCACAUAAGCAAACACCCCCCUUCCCUCCCACCCCUCUUCCCCAUUUCCAUAUCAUUCUGUAAUUUGGCUCCUGCAUAUUCCAUUCUUUCUGCCAUUAGUUUAUGGUAGUGUCAUUCUAUAGUUUUAUGUUUGCCUAUGGUUAGGAAUUCUUUUUGUUUCCGUGUUGGGGAAAGCAGUCUGUAUAUGCGGAUUUGACAAUUCGAUUCAAAAAUUCAUUAUAUUCUUUGACCACUCGAGGAGUUUGUAUAUGUUGUUUGACGAUUCGAUCCAA